AGUCAGUUUGCCCCAAUUUUUUCCUUUUGGCAACUCUCCUCGGAGCAGUUCCCUGCCCUCUCUCUUCCCAUUUGUUUACUGCUGAGGAGAAACAAUGGACGGCCACCACCCUAGCCGGAUCGAAGCCGAGCGGCUGCUCGGAGUCGCCGAGAAGCUCCUCCUCGCCCGUGACCUUAACGGCUCCAAGGAAUUCGCGCUCUUGGCUCAGGAGACCGAGCCGCUCCUCGAGGGCUCCGACCAGAUCCUCGCCAUCGUCGACGUCCUUCUCGCCGCUGAGCGCCGCGUCAACAACCACCACGACUGGUACUCCAUCCUCCAGAUCGACCGCCGGACCGACGACCAGGAGCUCAUCAAGCGCCAGUACCGCCGCCUCGCUCUCCUCCUUCACCCCGACAAGAACAAGUACCCCUACGCUGAUCACGCCUUCCGCUUCGUCGCUGCCUCCUGGGCGGUCCUCUCCGACCCCAGCAAGAAGACCGUCUUCGAUCGGGAGCUCAGCUUCUUCUCCAGGGUUGAUCUGUCCGCCGCCGCUGCCGCCGCGCAGCAGGUGAAGCUGCCGGUGCGGAGGACCGGCCCCGUUGCAGGCGCAUUCGCUGAGGUCGCUCGGGCACAUACGGGGGAACGACCCCCUCCGCCGCAGCCUCAGCCGCCGCAGGAGCCGGCGGUGGGGGACGAUGGGGGCGGCGACAGGUCUAGGUUCGCGACGUUCUGGACCACUUGCCCGUACUGCUAUUACUUGCACGAGUACCCCGCCAUGUACGAGAACUGUUGCCUGAGGUGUCAGGAGUGUCAUAGGGCUUUUCACGGUGCCCCCAUCACCUCCCCACCGCCGCAGUUGCCAGGGAAGGACGCGUACCAUUUCUGCUGGGGGGCUUUCCCGCUUGGGUUUGUGGUCACCAAGACCGAGCCGAAGGUUGUGCCAAAGCCUCCGGCAGCUGCAAGUAAGAGCGCUUCAGCUCAGAAGAAGGCAGGGGGCCGAGGGUCAGGAGCUAGGCGUGCCGCCGCCCCAGCAGCACCGGGGCCAAACGGGCCAAGGAAGAGGGGACGGCCGAGGAAAUAUGCGUAGCUGGCGGUUCAUGUUUUUGGGAAUAAAGGGUAGACUUUAAGCGCUGCAAUGCGGAGCUGAGAAAUCGGAGUGGAAUAAGUUAUCCGCUUAGGUUCAGGGCUAUGUUGGUGCAGGGUUUUGAGGGUUCUGAAGCCAUAAGUCGAGCCAUGAUAAGGGGCAAAAAAAAAAAAAAUGCAAACUUGCUCGGUUUCGAGAAUUUGUAACAAUGGCGGCGGCGGUUGUUUGUAGAUUGAUGCUGUGUUGGUCUUUCAUUGUUUGUAGAGCUGUUCAGGUUUGUUUUCUCAGCUGACUUGCCCCUCUUGGCCUUUUAUGUGUAGCAUUGUAUCUGUUGUAAUCUUUAUCAUCAAGGAAUUAGCUUAGCUUUCAUGCCCUGGUAGAAAGAAAAGAAGCUCUUUGGCCCCUAGUUUAUUUUGAUGAUUCUCUUCUGCUUGCUUGUGAAAUUUUGAAAUUGAAUGCAACUCCUUGAGCUGCAUAGCAUUGAACGGGUUGCGAAUGCUGCUCCCGACUAAUA